UUGAUUCGAUUCGAUUUGAUUCGAUCACAUUUUGAAACGAUUCAAUUCGAUUCGAUUCGAAUCAAUUCGAUCAAUUUUGAAUCGAAUAUGUUCGUUGGUCAUGAUGCCCUCCUGCGAUCAGAACUCUCUCUCCAAAACGCUUCUUCAAAAAACCCUCUUCUUUUUCAUGCUACAUGGCCUUGUAUUAUUGAAGGAAGAGAACGACUCGACUACCGGUAUCACCUGUCACUCAGCACUUGUUUGGCUAUCACACACGUUGUUACAGAUUGAAGGUCGGAGAAUAACAAGAUGUCUUGGUUUGAGGGAUUGACUUCCAAGUUGCAAGAGGUCACAGAGCAAGUGUCUGAGCAGGCCAAGAGCGCUAUUCCUCUCAACAACGAUUUUCUAGAAAAACUGACCCUAUCAACUCCGGAAUUGGACGAGGAACGAAAGCGUCUCGAUAACGAGGAAAGGCGAAAGGAACAUAUUAAAGACUGUCUUGCUGGGUUGCUUCCAUGGGAGACUCGCGAUCCAGAACGAGAUAUCUUGGUGGAAGAAUGCAAAGACGCGAUUUUGAAAUUGAGCCAGGAUGGAGCCACUUUCAAGGGACCCUAUCUGAUGCCAGGGAUGAAAGUUAAGGAUGUUGGCACGAGUGAUGGCGAAAGUGAGGAGGAAAAAGGAAAAAUUGUGGAAGAAAAACCCACAGAGGAGUCCUUGGACAAAUUGGCCACUUUGGAGCCAUUGCCCAAAUUGUUGGGUUGCUUUGAUCUAGAUGCUCAUGUGGGAUUGAUUCAGCGGAUUCUGACGGAAGAUCCGCAUCUCGUCGAAAUGCAAUCAAAACUCUCGGGUGGUGGAGAACGAGAGUACUACUUUUGGAAGAAUUAUUUCUUUCACUGUGCGUUUGCCAGAUACGAAGCUGGCCUUAGUAUUGAUGAAAUUUGGAAUGACGAAGACCCAGCAGAACGAAAGGCCAAGGAAGAAGCGGCCGCCAAAGAGGCUGCAACAAAAGCAGCAGCAAAGGAAGCCGAACAGAAAGUGGCCGCUGAAUCCAAGGCAGAGGAAGAAACCAUUACCUUUGACAACCACAAAACUGAAUCCAAGAGUACGGAAACACCUUCCGUGCCUUCGGAGGGAUCACCCGAAAUAGUUUCCACAGACGUUGCCGCUGUGGAAGCGUCGUCUCUCCCAGCUGAUGUUACAACUCCGUCCAGCGCGGCUAGUGCGUCGGCAGCCGGCGACUCGAGCGCCAUUGAUUUUGAGAAAAUAGCGGCUGAAGGAAUCGAGGACGACGAUGGUUUCGGUGAUGAUGACGGAUUUGACGUGGAGCUAGACGAGCUGGAAGCGGAAAUUGCUCGUGAGCUUGAAGAUUAGCCACAACGCUCAUUUGGUUCGCUCGGGCGUUUCCGACGCCCUGCAAUUCCAGGAAACUUUCACACAACAAUCUUCAUAUGAUACAUAAUAUAGCGCCAUUAAGCAAGUCUAGACCAGACACACAAGUACAGCAGUGCAUGGCGUGUCUUCGAAGGACAGCAUUGCAGCUUCAGGAGCUGUCAACUUGCUUCACUAUCGCCUGGGGGCAAUCACCUUGAUGUCGCUAUGAUUGCUUGACAUUCGUUUAGGCUUGGGUAGUUUCGUAGUGGCUACUGUAGUCAGUCGGCAAGACAGUCACGGGUACCGUGCUGGAGCUUCAUCCUGCUGCCAAUGAAGAGGAGAUUGAUUCUGUCCAUGGUGCCCCGACCUCCUCCAACUGUACCGGUACCCUAGCUACGGUAGCUAAACUGCGAAACUCACGCACUUUGUUUAGCGGCUUUAGCAGCGCAUACUUCGCAUAGUUAUAUAUAAUGGGUGGUACAACUAACUGUAUUAGUACAGUACCGGUAACACUACACA